AUGGGCAAAAUUGAAAGUAGCACCGCUGGUUCUAUCAGAGCUAAAUCUCGUGAGACAAUGACCGAAUAUUCCUGUGCGAAUGUGGAUGAGCACAUGACUUCAGAUGGGAAGAUACGAGUUGAAGAUCCAGCGGAAUUCCUUAAACGGCAGCCAAAAAAGAGCAUACUGAAAAUGAAGCAGGACGUGUCGAUGGAUGGCAAAGAUGGACGAGCCCAUUUUGAUGAGAUGAAUAUACUGGCUACAUAUCAUCCUACGGAUAAAGAUUACGGGACUAUGAAAAUUGAUGAGCCAAAAACGCCUUAUAACUACUCAGACUGUGAAUCAGAAGGAGAUGAGGUGAAAUCUGCUUCGUCUGGUCAAGGUACUCAUCGCCAUCGUAGGGUAUCACUUGGAGGAGCUGUUGAUCCUGAGGAGGUUGCUGAAGGACUUAGUCACAAUGCAUCAGGGUCAGUGAAGUCAAUUGGUUCCGGCUCCGACAGUGAUGAUGAUGAAGCACAUCUUACUCCUGAACAACUUGCGCACAAGAGAGAAUUCGAGAAAAAACGCAAAAUGCACUACAAUGAAGGCGCUGCAUUGAAAGCGAUGAAGGCACACAUCGACGACGAGGAGAUGGAAUAGCUCGUACAUCUUUGAAAGUACAUUAGAGAUGUAAGCUCCUCUCGCCGCCCUCUUUCAUUGCACGCAAUAAUUGUGCAUUAUUUAUAUUGAUCCUUGUCGGUUUUUGUACAAUAUAUGAUCCAUUUCAUGCGCAUGAGAAAGAUGCC